CGGCGCGCGGCCGGUUCCUUUUUGUCGUGCGCGCGUGCGCGCCUAUACUUUUUCUUUCAUGAGAUCGAAACAUAACCAACGUUAUAUUAUUAUCGAUAAUCUUAACCGGUUGAAAGUGUUCAAGAAAUUUCACGGUAAUAGUUGCGGCUUUUUAAUUCGGCACAUUGUGCAUUUAAACAUAAAGACAUUUAAAGCGGAAAUUAAGAAGGAUAGAAUAGUGUGUAAGAGCCUCUUGAAUUAAAAAAAAAAAAAAAAGAUAAAGGAGACUGGGAAAGGACAUUAGAAGGGCAAACAGCCCUUAAAGACUUAAAAGACAUGACGCAACUUGAGUGUCGUCGAUAAACAGAAGAACGUAUUCCGGGUGCUUGUGUGGUCCCAUUUGUGAGAUUGGUGAGAAAGAAUCCUUGGUGACUGUGGUUAACGCGGGUAUAUUACACUUUGUUUUUUUACCAAGAGACCAAUCGGAAAAGUCUCAACGCCUGCACUCACAUCAGUGUCCUAAGUUUCGUAUCAAAGAAGAAGGGUUUUACUCAUGUUGGGAGUGCUUAAGCGGCGCUGGAAGCCUUCGAAAAGGGCUUCCAGUGGCCGCGGAACUGAUUCGCCCCUAAACUCGGAUUUAGCACUGGACAAACCUAGACCGAUACCAUCACCCAGACAAAUUCACCCUCUGUAUGGAGAAAAGGCAGGGCUUUUAGGCUAUUGCGAUACUGUCGGUAACACAGAAAACUUUCCACCAGCCCCCAAUAUUGUUGUUGAGGGUGGAAGAAUAGAAUUUGUGCGCCCCUCGCAAGAUGGCACUACGAUACCAAGAAGAAAUACGAUGUCCCGAGGGUCACAAACUUUCAAUGAUCAAACAGAAAAAUCUGAUCCUGCGAAGGAGAGCCUCGAGGAACGAGUUCACGAAUUGGAACGAGCACUGCAAGCGGAACGUCUCGUCUCACAACGAGAUCGUGCUACGAUUACCAAACUUCAACGACAAAUUAACAAGAGGGAGGCUACUCAACGAGAUGUUGAACGAGAAAGACGACAACGAUUGGAGGCCGAAGCACGGCUACGAGAAGCUACGGCUGAAGCCGAACGUGCGAGAUCUAGGGUACAUCAUUUACAAAGGGAAUUGGCUAGGAUGGAAGAAUCAUCGCGUGGAUUGUUGCAACACAAGCAAAGGGCCGAACAGUUGAAACAAGAAAAGACCGCGCUCACGCUAUCCUACGAGGCACGAGUACAUCAAUAUCAGGUCCAGAUCUCAAAGUUGCAAUUGGAGAACGAGUCGAUGCGCGGUCAAUUGCGUGGAUUGGAAGCUGCCUGUGCUGGCGAGGUGCACGCUGCCUUGGUCGCACGUUUGGCGACCUUGGAAAGCGAACACGCAGCUCUGGCACGUGACGCUGACGCACAACGUCGUCAAUACGAGCGGUGCCUAGACGACGUUGCCAACCAGGUGGUCCGUGCCCUUCUAUCCCAAAAGGGUUUCAGGGAAGAGAUCGGUGCAUUACAAAGGCGUAUACGAGAACUCGAAGCUCAAAAUCGAGCAUUGUCGGGUCUCUUAGCACAAGCAGCGAGUCCUGGUAGUCCCACUGAACUGAUACAAAAUAUAAUCGAAGCUGGUCCAGCUGCAUUGGUAGCUGCCCUUAGUUUGGAUCCAUCCUGGGUUCCACUUUCCAGACCACGUUCUCUUAAUCUACAAAUACCCGUUAUGGCAGCUGCAACCAAGUGUCGACGAAACAGACCAACUCUAGGUCAAAAACCUUCAACAGGUUCAGGAUCAGCGUCAAAUGGUACAACGGGUGCCGCGGAAGAGGAGGGUAGCGAGAGUCCUGAAAGUGGUAACAGGGAUGAGGGUUAUUCAACAAUGUCGAGCGAUGUUCAAGGUGAAGGUGCACGUCAAGAACCUUCCUCGCGUGGAUUGGAAGAUCUCAAAGAGGCAACCGAUGAAACCGAGGGCGAUGUUUCACCGGAUGCACGUUUGAUCGCAUUAGAUGCCGGGGAUCCCGAUGUUCUCUUUCUACCUCUUAAUUUAACUCUUGGAAUUAAUCCACGACAUAGUUAUCCACCUAGCAAAGACCUUUUACCCUAUCAGCACGUGAUGCGCAGCUUCUCGGACAGUCAUCUUUGUUUGAAACUCACUGCUACGAGCAAUUUCACGCCGUACAAAUUACCGAGCCCCAUGGGAUCCUCCUCCCUUCUUCUUAUAGAAGAGGAGGGCUGGGAUGCCGAGUACGUACAGCAAUGGCUCAGAUUGGACGAUAGCAGAAGCGCUCAACAGCAUCGAGAUCUACUCGAGUUGGAAUAUGAUAGGGCGGAAUUGGAAGACUGGAGUUUUUCUUUGUCGACAGAGGACCUCGUUCAAACAGAAUCUACAACAACAACAACAACAACAACGUGGAAAGAAUCAUCGAAUGCUUGUACCGCAAUACCUGCACUCCCUGCCAUCAAAGAACACAAUCCCUUGGAACUCGAGGAGGACGCGAACGAAUGCUUGUGGAAUGGUGCCAGUUAUCUCGCCGAUAGAGCAGGGGGUGAAUUGGUCGCUCUAUUGAUGGACACGAGGACUGCAGGACCUUGGCCUUACGCUUCGAGCCCUGGUGCAUCUUGGAGUAGCGAAGAAGGUGCUUUGGAAAAUUCGAGUAAAAGAUCAUCGGCUGCAUUAUCCGGUUGCAGCGAUGAUCCCGAUUCACCAUCGAUCGGCACCGAUUUCACCAGGGAUUUUUAUAGAUUGGUCAAAUUCGAAAGUACCAAAAGUCUCGCGAGUACUUCCUCGAGAAGCGGGAAACCACCUACUGAUAGGGAACAAGCCCUUCAAAGUGUACUUUCAUUCAUAGCCGAACAACAAAUGUAUUUGGCUGAAUUACCGAGUAAUUCAUCGGAACAAAAUGAAAUUCAAGGGCAAUCAACGACGAUGACAACGACGACGAUGACGACGACGACGACGACGACAACGACCACCCCCCAUACGAUCGAAGAAAAUGCUGGAAAUAGAAGCGAAUGCGCUAUCAUGGAAGUUGGUGGUUCAAUCAAAGAAACUGAAAGAUCUCCGUCGUCUCAAGAAAGUAAUUCUCAUUCAGAAAAUAUAAUUGAAGUGAGCAACAACGAGGAUGAUGAUGAUGAUGAUGAUGAUGAUGAUGAUGAUCCACUUGAACAAAUAGCAGUACCACCUUUACAAACUGAAGAUAGAAUGCUCGGGGUUAUAGGGUCUAACAAUUUAGGGGCUGUAGGUUAUACAACAGUAGCACCCACAGAAUUGGUUGCUGUUCCUGAAGAAGACGAGGAAGCUGGAACAUCUUCUUCCCCUAACACUGUUGUUAGCCCUGCGAGAGCACCACUAUUGGUUGAAGGUAGGGAUAGGUCAUUGAGCUUCCAUGAACGAGCAACGUCCAAGGACGUUAUCGACGAAUUAAAUCGAAUGAUUAGAAAAGGGGAAGAUAGUACGGUCAAUCAAGACCCUCAGGUAGCCCUAGAAAAAUUGGAUCUUGCUUGCUGCUGCCCAACUGGUUGGGUUCACGUUGAACGUGAUAUCGACUUCACAGAUCCUAAGGCCAGAGCAAACCUUUUAGACGUGAUGUUAGCAAGUAGCGAAAGUUCUUCGGCAACCUCGAGCAGUGGUUCCGCAGGUAGCGAUUCCGGGGAUGAACCACCGGAUUAUCGACACUUACACAGGCUACAUCGUUACCGACGACAAAAGAAAGCAUCAGCGGCACAGGCACAACGCGUCCUAAGACCAUCUACCUGGGGAACCUCAAGGCCGUCCAUAAUCGACCGUGGCGAGGACUUUUUCGUGAGGUACGGUGAAAAGGAACGCGAGGCAGUUGCGUCAUUUGAUUUUCUCGACGAGAUGGUACCAUCAUCGUCGGCAUGCUCGGCAGACGACGUUGCAUCCGAGCAAGACGUUCUUGCUACUUCUGACAACAAAUUGGAUGUUGUUGUUGUUGCUGUUGCUACUGCUGGUGUUGUUCCUGUUAACGACGAUUCGGACAACAAAAUUCUUCUAAAUUCUACUACGAUGACUUUAACAACAACUACAACAACAACUACAACUACAACGACGACGACGACGACGACGAUAAAUUCUUUCAAAAUUGACGAAUUAACGAAACAACAACAACAACAAACUCAACUAAAUGAACAAACAAAACAUUCGCUUUAGAAAUGAGAUUUACGAAUUUUCCACUUUUCUAUACGCUUUAUGACGCGAGAAAAAUACGAGAGAAAGAGGUGGUGGUGGUUGGUGUGCUCCUGUUGGUUUUUUUUUUUCUUUUUUUUUUUUCUUUUUUUCUGUGCAUUAUUUUAUCUCAUUUUUCUUCACAAACUUAUAACGCACCCCUCAAAUAUCUCGUGCCUAGUCCAACGAGCUGCUGGGAUAUACUGAGAAAGAAAGAGAAUAAGAGGAAUGAAAGGUAAAGAAUGAUAGGACCAAUCUACAUAUGAUUUGUGUGUGUGUGUGUGUGUGUAACAAUAUGUAUGCAUGUACGUACGUAUGUAUGUAAUGUAUAUUCUUUCGAACUGCUUGAGUUGUGUUGUUCAUAAGAGCGCUCUUUUGUAAGAGACAACAACAAAAACAACAACAGCAAAAAACAUAUGUGAGAACACAAUAAUUGUGUAUUUGUUGUGACAAAAUAAUCCAUAAAAAAACUACGAUCCUCUUGUAAUUGUUUUAAAAUAUGUUAGAAAGCAGCCGUGUCACAGUCUCUCAUCCCCAUGUACGAAGAAGAUAGAAUUAUUAUUGCUUCCGGAUUUAUAAAAAGAAAAA